ACUAUAAAAUAUUAGGCAUCGAAUUUAUUACAAGAAACAAGUAUUAGACAACAAUUUAAAGACUUUUAUCGAAAUUAAAAAAAAAAUGCUGAGAAUGGAUAAAAAAAUUAAAACACAUUUGAUUUUACAAUAAGUAGGUCUAAACAUUUUUGUGCGCAAUUGAAUUUUCAUUCUGCGUGUACAUAAUUUUCAUAUUUCUUAGCAUAAUCGACAUUCCAAUGUAAACGAUAUUUUUUGAACAUUGUAAAAUAAAUCUUAUUAGCAAGCAACAUCUUGUUUGUUUUGUUUUGAUCUGAAUUGGAGGUUAUGUAUACCAGCCGAAUGCAAGUCAAAAGCAAAACACGAUUCGGCUUGCUCAUAUACAUUUCGUGACAAUUAUAACUGGAUUCGAAACAUGUUGUCGCUCAACAAUGGACAACCGAUACCUCCGAUCGGUCUCGGAACCUACAAAAUCGCCGAAAGCGAAGGAGUCAAAGCGGCCAUCAAAACAGCGCUAGACCUUGGCUACCGGCUGUUCGAUACGGCAUUCGUGUACAACAAUGAACACCUACUGGGACAAGCGUUCCGCGAAGCGUUUUCGCAAUCCGCCAUCAAGCGGGAAGAUAUCUUCGUGGUGUCCAAGCUUGGUCCAACAUUCCACCGGCCGGAAGUGGUCGAGCAGGGAUGCAGGCGGUCGUUGGAACGGCUCGGAUUGGAUUAUGUGGAUUUGUACCUGAUGCAUACGCCGGUCGCCGCUAAAGAUCCGGGCGAUGGGAACGAUCGUUCGGCGGUUGAUGACGAAGUGACUCCACUGGAGACUUGGAAGGCAUUGGAGGAAUGUCAACGAAAGGGACUGGCCAGGUCGAUUGGAGUAUCCAAUUUCAGCGAGGAACAGUUGAAAGAAAUUAUGAUCGAAGGAAGCAUAAAACCAGUGGUGAAUCAGGUAGAAUGUUCGCUCGGUUUUCACCAAGCAGAUUUGCGGAAGUUUUGCAACAAGGAGGGAAUUAUAAUUAUGGCUUACAGUCCUCUGGGGAAACCGAAAUCCGGGAAAAAACACCCAUUCCUGGAUUCGACUGACUUGCACAAGAUUGCUGAAAAGUAUGGAAGGAGCUCGGCUCAAAUUUCGCUAAGAUUUUUGAUCGAAAUAGGGACUAUUCCGAUACCCAAGUCUUCGAAAGCGGAAAGGAUGAAGGAGAAUUUGGAUGUCCUCAGUUUCAAACUGGAGGACGACGAUGUGCGAGCGCUGGAAGCGCUGGUUGAACAGCAACGAUCAAUGCACUUAGAUUGGCUGAAAGCUUCCAAGCACUAUCCAUUUAAAGUAUAGUAAUAAAGAUAAUGAUUAAUGUAAUUGAUGUGAAUCUUUGUAAGCUAGUGAUUGUUGAUUAUAAAUUGAUCCUCAAUAAAUAAGCACAUAUUUACGAUUUCAAUUUAACUCAAAACUCAUUUCUUUGCCACCCCUGCCCUGUUUGUGGAGAUCCUUGUAAUACGAUUCGAACAAUUCGAGAAUCUGACUUUGCUAUGGAUUUCUUCCGCUCGAGCCAUCAGCUUCAAUCUCUUUUUUAAUAAAUUAUUUUUUUUUUCUUAGAUUAAGAGCUUGUCUCUUUGAGAAAGACUUCUAAAGAAAGUUAAUCAAAUAAUGUCUCUGGUUUCGAAAAGUCGACCGUUUAAUGGAUAUAAAGCAACGAGCUUGAUGAGGAUGCUUCAUGCAUCAAAUAUCUCGGAGCGUUUGGUACGGCAUCGUAUCUCCACUAGAGUGGGUCAUCAUUUAUAUGGAAAAAUUAAAAACUCAAUGGUAUCCCAUCAGAUCAAAGCUUUUUUGAUCCCAUUUUAGGACCCAAAUAAGUGUGCAAAAUUUGGCCACGAUCGGUUAUGUCUACGUUUUGCGCAUCGCGUUUGAAGUUUGUAUGGGGUUUUACAUAGGAAAACACACUUUUUUGCAUUUCUCUCAUAACAAGCUCGAUUUUUUCUAAAACCGUGUAACCGAUAAAGUGAAAACAUAGCCUAGGGUGUCCUGAAAAACUUCGUCGAAGACCGUGAAGUUAUCUGAUGCUUAUGAAAAAAAGUUAUAGCGUUGACAUUGCUUGGCGAAACAGCAUGAUUUUGUUGCUAUUGUUAUUCCUUUACAUGUUAAAACAU